AUGGAAUCAAACUGGAGAAAGGUUGAAACAAAGAUCGCAGAUUCACUUCCUGAGAUUGAUGCGAGCAUAAAACUACUUCUAGAGAAAAACUCUUGGGAAGUACUGAAGGCGAAAGUGCAACGAAGGCAAGGAAAAACUAUAUUGGCAGCAGAUGGCGAUCUGUGUAAACGGCCUGGUGAACAACUACAAUUAGUCGGAAACAUGUUUUUCGAGAGAAUAGUCGAAAUUUUUAACAAUGCUAAAGCCAUUUACGACAGAGUGAUAGCAGAGUCUCAGGACAGUGUCGGCGAGAUCCUGAGCAAUAUAAACAAUAUGAUAAACGAUUUGGGCAGGAUUAUUUUAGAUGUCGAGGAGCCUGAACGUUCUGCACUGACACGACUGGGGCUGACAGCAUUUGAUGGAGAUGAACGGUAUGAUGGGAUUUCUAUAAUCAAACCAAUCUCCAUCCCAUCAGCUGUUGAUAAAGAACCUGUUGAUGUGAGACUGCAGGUCCAUGCAGCACAUGUUCUGUUAGAAAAUCU